AUGGCAGACCCUCUAUCCCAAAGAACAGACCCCCUCUACCAAAAAGAUGGCCAAAAACACACCCACACCUCUCCCAUAACCUCAAUUCACCCACUAUCAUCCCUGUCCCCAGAAACCCAGUCCCUCUUCAAACCACCACCCGAAACAGAGCCUUAUGUCGUAACAACUCCUUCGACAAUCUUCCACGCCCAAGGCGGCGGCCAACCUUCAGACACUGGAACCAUUUCAGCAGGAUCCGCAACAUUCCACGUGCAUCAAGUGCGGAAGGUAGAUCCCGCGAUAUUGCAUAUGGGUGUUUUUGCCUCCUCAGACAAGAAGUUUGAAGGAGAAGGAGUCGACGCAGAACAGCAAAUUGAUGCAGAGAAACGCCGUCUACAUUCCCGCAUCCACACCGCGGGCCACGUCAUCGGCCUUGCUGUUGCUUACCUCAAAAGCUCCGGUUCCGUGGCCCCCGAUGUCGUCGACGGAAAAGCGUCGCACUACCCUGGCGCAGCUUUUGUAGAAUUCUUAGGUCUUAUUCCAAGUGACAAAAAGGCUGAGAUACAGGCUAGAGUCGAUGACAUGGUUGCUGCAGAUAUGGACGUCAAAAUUCACUUUUGGGAUGAAGAAAGGGCGAAGAAGGAGUGUACGGGGGUUAUGGAGACUUUGAAAGGGGAUGAGGAAGAUGGAGUUAGGGUUGUGGAGAUAGGGAGCGAGGGAAGCUAUCCUUGUGGAGGUACGCAUGUACUGAAGUUGAAAGAGUGUGGGAAAAUCGUGCUCAGGAACAUUAAGAGGCAAAAGGGGGUCACCAAGGUGAGUUAUGAGGUGCAAGACGCUUGA